AUGGAUGGAUGGAUGGAUGGAUGGAUGGAUGGUUGGUUUGGUUGGUUGGUUUGGUUGGUUGGGUGGUUUGGUUGGUUGGUUGCUGCAAACGAAGGAGCGGAGAUGUCUGGAACGAAGAUCGAUACUAAUUCAAUGGGAACUCUAUUUUCUUAUCUUUAUCGAUCUAUUGAUCGAGAAAUAGGAAAGGAGGGAGGGGGAACUAACGGAUGUAGAAUAGCAGCAGCACUACUGCGCUUAGUUGCUAUGCCCGCACAUCUAUGUCACACGCAUUAUUCUCCGGAGCUUUUUCAAUGUCACCUCUCCUGUGUUGGUACCUGA